UGUUGAUGCAGGCUCUGGUUCUGGCCUGAUUCUACCAGGAGAAGCAGCUGCCUGCCUGUCAUGCCUGAAGUGACUCGGGCAAAACAGAAAGCUCUGUGGUGUAGGUGGAGUUUGUGUAGUUCAAGGAUUGAACUCCAGCAUGUGGAGUAAAGUGUGAAUCCAGAGGGCAGAGCGUUGACUGGUGCAGCUCAGAGAGAGUAAAGGAAACUUAGGCUUAAGGCUCUCUUGGCAAACAUGAACGCUAAUGAGAGCAAACAGCGUUUUGUGUCAACACUGAAGCUCAACAUCAAGCCACCGCGUGCAUCGUGUGCAGAAAGGAGCGGAUCAAGAACGACUGACAGCAGGAUCGCUGAGAGGAGUCCCUCAGCUGAUUCCAAAGACCUGGACACACCUGUCUUCACAAGCCCCCAGAAAAUCUGCUGUGUGGGUGAAGAAAGGGACUUUGUGCUGGGAGGGGGGCCAAUCAAAGUGACGCUGAGGCAAAAUGGUGAAGGGGAACAUUUUGAGAAUCCACUUAAUCGAAUGGAGGUGAGGUUCGUCGUGAAGGAACGCUCACCAGAAGAUGCCGGCUCCUACACCUGUGUGAGUGAAAGCUGCUCAGUAAAGACUCCUGUGUCUGUCAGGGAGUUUAAAAGCGAGUGUAGAGUGAUGCCUACUUCUGGGUCUGAGAACACUGUGGAGAACGGACAGCCCCCACCCGCUUCCAAACACCCAGAGCAGAACUGUGAAGAGUCUUUUUGUUUCUCUCCCAUGAGCCCGAUGCAGAGUCCACUCUCAUCUCCAAGAGAAGUCCUCCCAAAGAAGAGAAACAACUCAGAAAAAGUCCCAAAACUGAGUUUCCAGAAUCCACCCGAGCACCUGGAGGUGAAGGUGGGACAAACAGCCAAGCUGACGUGUUCCUUCCUCGGAAGCCCCCCCGUUGUAUCCUGUUGGAUCAGAAACAAAGAACAAAUUGUGGAUGAUGCUGAGGUGUGGACAGAAAACACCAACCAGAGCAGCACCCUGGUUAUAGCAGAGGCCAGCCCACAGCACACAGGUCACUACACCAUAGUGGUGAAAGACAGGAAAAGCUCAGCUCAACACACCCUCAUUCUUUCUGUCAUAGACAAACCGGAACCUCCUGCUUCGUGUCCCUUAAUCUCACGUGAAUCAGCAUCCAGUCUUGUGCUCUCCUGGUCGGGCCCCUGCUACGACGGCGGCAGUGCUGUGUUGGGCUAUGUGGUGGAGGUAAAGAAUCUGGGACCCGCUGAGCCUGCGGAGUGGAGAGAACUCACCGCUUUGUGUAAGAGCACCUCGUAUAAAGUGUCGUCUGGACUCCGUCCUCAGCAGGAGUACCGUUUCAGGGUCCGAGCUUAUAACGCAGUCGGGGCGAGUGAGCCAGGCCCGGCUUCUGCGGGCUUUAGGAUGGAGCACAGAGACUUGAACAACACCCAAGACGCCUCCCAGCCAUAUACCUGUGUCACUAUUGAUUCUUCCCACAAAGUUACAGAUCACUACAAUCAGCACGAGAAGCUUGGAACUGGGAAGUUCGGCUUGGUGUUCAAGCUCACCCACAAAGAGACGGGUCAUGUGUGUGCAGGGAAGUACUACAAGGGACGUCGGGCCAAAGAGAGAGAAGCUGCUCGCCAAGAGAUAGAAAUGAUGAAUGAUCUCCAUCACCCCAAACUGGUUCAGUGUCUGGCAGCUUACGAUCACAAGCCUGAGAUGGUCAUGGUGAUGGAGUACAUUGCAGGUGGGGAACUGUUUGAGCGGAUCGUGGAUGAUAACUUUGAGCACACAGAGCCUGCUAGUGAGCGCUACAUGAAGCAGAUCCUGGAGGGGAUUGCCUACAUGCAUGAGAAGAACAUUGUCCAUCUGGACCUAAAACCUGAAAACAUUGUGUGUGUUGACCCCAAUGGCACCUCUAUAAAGAUUAUCGACUUUGGAUUAGCUAGGAAGCUUGACGAUCUCACACCUCUGAGGGUGAUGCAUGGAACUCCUGAGUUUGUAGCACCUGAGGUCAUCAACUAUGAGCCAGUGUGCUUGGCCACUGACAUGUGGAGCAUCGGUGUCAUCUGCUACAUCCUGCUGAGUGGUGAGUCUCCGUUCCAGGGAAACAGCGACACAGAGACUCUGGCUUUGGUCACCGCAGCCCAGUGGGAGUUUGACGAGGAGAGCUUUGAAGAUAUCACAGAAGAAGCCAAAGAUUUCAUCAGCUGCCUGCUGAACAAGGACCCAAGGCGGAGGAAGUCCUGUGAGGAGGCCCUCGCGCACUCCUGGGUGGUAAAGUUUGACUCUGGAGAUGUUACCUCCACCAAGACUCUGUCCAAAGAGAAGAUGAAAAAGUUUUUAGCCAGACAGAAGUGGAAGAAAGCUGGAAAGGCCUUGCAAGCCCUAAAGAGAAUGGCCCUGCUGUCUAAAAGUGACAGCGCUGCAUCUCCCACAAGCCCCAUGCAGGACUUGCCUCUAAGCCCGGAGGCAGAGGAUGCCCUGCAGUCUCUGGAUCAGAAGAUGCAGGGACCACCACAGUUUACCCAGAGCUUAGAGGACCAAACUGUCGAUCAAGGAUCCUGCGCUCAUCUCACGUGCCAUAUCAUCGGAUAUCCUGAUCCAGAGGUGCUGUGGCUGUGUGGAGAUGAACCCCUGGAGGAAUCGCCUUCCCUCCAGAUAGAGUAUGAAGAUGACGGCCGCUGUACUCUGAUUCUGCCUAAAGUUAGCCCAAAGGACUCCAACGUUUACACCUGCAGGGCGACCAAUGAGCACGGGGAGACCGUUAGCUCAGCCAAACUAACAGUUUUAUAACCAAGUUUAUAUUGAUGCAAUCUGUGCAAAGAUGAAAACGAUGAGCAAUAUUUGGCUUUUUGAAUAUGCACAGCCAUGUUUGACAAACAUAAGCUCAUAGCAUUGCUGGAAACGGAUAACACACUGUAUCAUUUAGAUAGGACCAAUGAUGAGCAGCCUACCAGUGCUUUAUGUCUGUAUACAGUUGAAAAUAUUUACAUACAUGUGGCUUUGAAGCUGAUGAUGAGAAACACGGUGGACAGCAGCUGCCUCAAAUAAAAGGAUUCUUGUAUUUUAAAGGGAA